GGCCCUCGCGUAUACGUUUCGGAUCGAAAAAAAUUGUACAAACGCUGCCUUAGGGAGUACGGUCUUGGAAACUUCGGCACUCCUUUCCCCCUUCCUCUCGCUGUUGCGUUUAGACACUGUUGCAGAUUCAGAUCUCUUCUGUCUCGCUGCUGUGUAACCUGUGUUUAGACACUGUCGCAGAUUCAUAUCUCUUCACAAUCCACCUUCUAUCGACUUCAGAUCUCCCCGCUUUUUCUUCAUCUUAACUCUCCGCGCAAGUUCUUUGUUGAUUUUAAGUCGUUUAGAAGAAUUUAACGUUUUCAUCUACGCAGAACAAUGGCAGCGAUUGCAGUUCAUCAGUUUGCUCAGUGCAUUACCUGCCACGCAUGGAGUCCUGACGGCUCAAUGAUUGCAUUUUGUCCCAACAAUAAUGAAGUUCACAUCUAUAGAUUAUCACAAGACAAGUGGGAUAAGAUACAUGUUCUUCAGAAGCAUGACCAAAUAGUUUCUGGGAUAGACUGGAGUGCAAGAUCUAACAGAAUUGUUACUGCAUCACAUGAUCGAAACUCGUAUGUUUGGAAUCAAGAAGGGGGAGAAUGGGUACCUACCCUUGUUAUUUUGAGGCUUAAUCGAGCUGCACUUUGUGCUCAGUGGAGUCCAAAAGAAAAUAAGUUUGCGGUUGGAAGUGGGGCUAAAACUGUUUGUGUAUGCUACUAUGAGCAAGAGAAUAAUUGGUGGGUUAGUAAACUUAUUCGGAAAAGGCAUAAUUCUUCUGUCACAAGUGUUGCCUGGCAUCCUAAUAAUAUUCUUCUUGCAACAACAUCUACAGAUGGAAAAUGCCGAGUAUUCUCAACUUUCAUUAAAGGUGUUGAUACGAGGGAUUCAGGGGCAGGUCCAUCUUCAGAUUCAAAGUUUGGAGAGCAAAUCAUUCAGCUUGAUCUCUCGUUUUGCUGGGCAUUUGGUGUGAAGUGGUCCCCAAGUGGCAAUACCUUAGCUUAUGUAGGUCACAAUUCAAUGAUCUACUUUGUUGAUGAUGUUGGUCCUUCGCCUUUGGCUCAAAAUGUGGCAUUCCGUGAUUUGCCCCUUCGUGAUGUCCUAUUUCUUUCUGAGAGGAUGGUCAUAGGUGUGGGAUUUGACUGCUAUCCAAUGAUUUUUGCAGCAGAUGAAAGAGGAAUCUGGAGUUUCAUCAGAUUCUUAGGGGAAAAGAAAACAUCAUCUUCAAGUUCAAAAUAUGGUUCGCAGUUUUCUGAAGCAUUUGGAAAGUUAUAUGGCCAGUCAAAACAUGGAGUUAAUGACACAAAUGAACCUUCGAGGCCACGUGGAGGUGUUCACAAUAACUGCAUAAAUUGUGUUGCACCACUGAAGAAGGCAGGCGAUUCAACAGUGAGGCGCUUCAGCACUUCAGGAUUGGAUGGAAAAGUGGUCAUUUGGGACUUGGAGAACCAAGAAGAUCUCUCUGUAUAUUUGUAAAUUACAGGUUUGGUAGGUUGACUGAAGAUCAACUUGAAGCUCAAGACACUGUAUUUUAGUUUUUUAAGCCAUUGGUGGUGUCUAUUGUUUGGUCAAUUUCCCUACUCCAGCCGAUAUUUGAUAUGUAAGUCCUCUGUAGCAAAGCCACGCUAAAAACAAUCCUCUGUACCAGAGCCACCCUAAAAAAAAAAAUCUUGUAUCCAUAUAGGAACAAGAAAAGAAACACUCCUUCACCCUAAUAUAUGCUUGUGAACGAAGAAAACAAAUGAGAACAACUUUGUCCUUCUACUAAA